AUGGGGUUUCUCGACGUGCAUACUCCCAUUGAUUUUGAGGAAGCGAAAAAAUACCAUGAGUCCAUCAAGACGGAUGCUAUAGAGCAACUGAUAAACGACUGGAAGCGGUCGAAGGACUGGAAGAAGUCUAUGGAGGAGCUCCAUUGGGGAGACGAGAUGGAGUAUAUGCUGACAUCCAUGCCCUCUGAUGAAAAGGCGCCUCCUAAGCCCUACUAUCAUGCUGAUAAGGUCCUUGAUAAGUUACAUGAGGUGGAUGAGGACACUUGGAAGCCUGAAUACGCCUCGUAUAUGAUCGAAGGCGUUAAGGUUCCCCCUCUGGUUCUCGUUGAGGACGAUAUUGCCAAGCAAGUUUUGUCCAGUCUUAUUUCUCGGCGGCGCACAGCAGAGGCGGCGCUGCCGGCUAAUGUUCAUGUUAUGAGCAUACCAGCGUUCCCUACAUUGGGUGCUGAAUACACCCAUCGUGGAGAGCAUCUCGAGGGGCCUACAGCUGAGAGUAUUCUCGUCCCGGAUGAGGUCAUCACGCCGCAUGUGCGGUUCCAGACUCUGACUAAGUCUGUUAGAGCUAGAAAGGGUGCUAAGGUUGCGAUAGCCCCACCACUAUACAAGGAUGUUAAUACUGUCUCCCAAGGUGGCAUUGAUUUUGAUCCUGCAGUGACACCAUGGGAGUUGAAGAAGAGUGGCCUUGAUCAAUCUCGUGAUCCUCUCAAGGACAGAGUUUACCUUGAUGCUACUGUAUUUGGCUUUGGACAGUGUUGUUUGCAGGUAGUGGGGUUAGUAGUAGACGUAAUGACUCGCUCUCAUCACGUGGUGGGUUGGAAGGUUGGUGCAGUAGCAGUGGCUUUAGAGCGAUAUUAUGGUAUGGUCACUGACGUUGAUGCUCGAUACGAGUUACUCUCCCAGUGUGUUGAUGAUAGAACGGUGCAGGAGGCUGAUCCCAGGAGUCCUGAGUUCAAACAGCAGGGGCGGAUGCCCGAGACGAUACAUCGGAAGUGUGGUAUUGGUAGGUAUGUGAGCACCACUGCACCUGAGGCUAUGUCGGAUUUGGUGGUAGAGCAUAGAGAAGAUCAGAAGCAACGGCUAUUGGAUGCUGGCAUGGACGAAGUCCUCGCUGAUUAUUUUGCCUACAUCUUCUAUAGAGAUCCGAUGAUUAUAUUUAAGGAGCGCAUACAUCUUGAUAAUGAGCACUCUAUUGAGCACUUUGAAGGGAUGUAUUCUACCCAUUGGACUAUCGUUCGUAUCAAGCCUCCACCGGCCAAUCAAGAGGACAUCCACUGGAGGGUGGAGUUACGUACUCCCGAUGUUCAAGUGACGGAUUAUGAGAAUGCUGCUAUUGUCACUGUGGCUGCGUUGUUGGCUAGAGCGAUUGUUAGGCGGGCUGAAGGGCCUGAUGGAAGUGCUGGUGGUCAGGUAUCUGGCCUUAUACCCAUAUCCAAGGUGCGUGAGAAUAUGCUGAGAUCACAGCAGCGUGAUGCUCUGCGGUGUGGGAAAUUCUGGUGGAAUCAUGAAGGCAGUAUAAUGGAGACUUCGAUGGUUGAUAUAUGGUGUGCUCGUGGAGGGUUGUUGGAUGUUUGUAGAAGUGAAUUGAAGAAGGCUAUGGGGGAGGCCGCUGAGUCGUCUCUGGAUGCCGAACUUAUCAAUUUCAUUGAGGCACGAGUUCGAGGAAAGCUGUGUCUUCGGUCAGUUUUCACUUGUGUUUUUAUACAACCAAUGAGGAUCUUGCCAGUAGCUCUCAUCGUAACUGUUGGUGUGGUCGGUGCUGGUGAUGUUAAUUGUACGGAGUUGGGCUUUGACCCGACCAUCCUUAAAUGCGAUACUUGUGUGCGAUUAAGAAGGAAUCUGGAGCUUCAGAAGGAGGCUGAGAGUAUUGAGGAAGACUGUCGGAAGUGCUGCAAUUUGGUGGACGCCAGUGGUCAGAAUGAAAUAUAUGAGAAAGCAGAGUUGGUGACGUCGCGAAUGGCUAUGGAAGCUCGACAAGAUCUCAGUGAUUUUGUGAAGCGGAAAGUGCCGGAAUUGAAAAAACGUGGAUAUGAAAUUACUGUUACGGCGUGGUUUAAGGAUUCCUCUGGUAGGGUUAGCGUUAAGGAGCAGAAGACCUUGGCCGUGUUGCGUCACCCGUUGACGAUGAGUUUGGCGUUUACUCUCUUAUCGUGUAUAAUAUGUGGAGUGCACGUUAUGAAGCAUCUAAAUGCUGGCAGGGUCCGACACGUCUACCUGUCCUUCGCCCUUUAUAGUUUCCUCAAUCUUAUGGUUCAGCACAUGGAGACGGUCCCUGUGCGAAGAGACUAUCCCCUACCUCUGAAGUGGUGCUUGCCUCCUCCUCAGCUAGAUAUGAGGUUCCUUACUGCUAUCCGUGUCGCAGUAUUGCAAUUUGUGUUUUUGAAGCCGAUUUGUGCUGUGAUAGCAAUGUUAUGUUCACUGACUGGCUACUAUAAAGAGGGCGAGAUGAGUGUAUGGGCACCCUUCACGUGGCUGUUCUUUAUCAACCACGCCUCGCUCAGCAUUGCUAUGUAUGCAUUGGCGACUUUCUAUUGGAUGUUGCAAGAUCUUUUGGAGGCCUACCGUCCUCUCUGCAAAUUUGCAUUGAUUAAACUGGUCGUGUUCUUGCCAUGGUUUCAAUAUACUCUAGUUGUGACCAUAUGGUUCAUCUUGGGUCGAUCAUUUAGUGAUGAUGCCUUCACCACCACGAUGGUGUACGAGGGGCUUCUGGAAUGUGUUGAACUGUAUUAA